GUCUCCUCAGUAGUGCAUGGCUGAGUUGUGGAGCUUCACAACGAUUUAAAGGCGAGGAGCGGGCUUUUCAUUUCAAGCUGACAGCCAGCCAGCAUGGGUCGGCGCUCGUCUGAUAGUGAGGAUGACAGUCGGAGCAGGAAGAAGAGAAAACAGCGUCGCCGUUCAUCCUCCUCUUCCUCGUCUUCGUCUUCAUCCUCCGGAAGUAGGGUGACCAGCAGCCGGAGUCGGAGGUCCAGUCGCCGGAGCCGUUCUCGCUCCAAAGACAGGGACAGAGAGAGGAGGAGAAGACGACGCUCCAGCAGCACUUCGUCCCACAGUUCACCUCGCAAGAGGAGGAGUCGCAGUGCGGAGAGAGACAAAGGGAGGAGCCACCGCUCGCACAGGUCACGCAGCCGAGAGAGGAGCGGGAGCGGCAGCCGCAGCCGGCGAAGGAGCCGCAGCCGGCGGAGGAGCCGCAGCCACAGGAGUCGCAGCAGAGAGCGGGACCGGAGCCGGCGCAAGGGCCGCGACCGGGAGAGGGAGAAAGAGAAGGAGAGGGACAGAGGGAGGGACAGAGAGAAGGACAAGAGUAAAGACAAGGCAGACAAAAAGGGGGACACCGGGAACAUCAAAGGCAGAUUAGAACAUCUGACUCCAGCAGAACAGGCUAAAGUUCGAAUGCAUAUGGUCCUGCAGGCGGCGGCUAAGACGGAUGAGGUGCUGAGGGCUAAAGUAGCCAAGAGAGAGGAGGAGGCCCGGAAGAAAGAAGACGAAGAGGGAACUUCUCUGGAGGAGCAAGUGCGAAGGAUAAAGGACAUUGAGGCCAUCGAGAGUGAUUCCUUUGUUCCUCAGGCUUUCAAAUCAUCCAGGGAUGAUAUAAAGAACGAGCCGGCUGGCGUGAAGCAGGAGUCCGAGAGGGCCGAUUCUCAGGACAUCACUCUUCCCAUCUCCAUAGUCUACAGUGACAUUGACACGCUCGCUCAUCCAAGUUUGUUCAUGGACAAGGAGAAGGCCGAAGAGCUGUGGCUCAACAGACUGAUCUCGCUGCGACAAGAGAGGCUGAUGGGAAGUCCUGUGACCUAAAGCACACCAGACACCUAGAAGAUCCUUCUUGUUCUCCAGAAUGUUUCAGUUGCUUUUACUUUGUCUCAGUCACCGCCAUAUUGUGUCUGUCUUGUUUUAGGAUGUGACAAUAUUUCUUACUUUACUGUUCCACCAAUUUCUCUUGCCUAAUGUAGAGACUUGUGAACAUUUGAGCAGAUUGAACAGUUUUUUUUGGUCCUGAUGUGCUGAUUAUUUUAUUACUGCUAAUGUAAUUCAAUUAAACAAUCUGCUGUUCUUUAUUUGGCUUCAUUUAUUUUUAAUGAAGGAAGAUCUUACAGUCAGAUAAGGUGACCUGUUUUACCAUAUAGAUGUAGCAUUUGACACAUUUUGUUUUUUCUAAUCAACUCGUUAAAUAAAGCUAGCUGUGAUUUGUG